UUGCGUCCUCGCCACGUCGUUCAACAAACACGACAUCGCUGACUGUCCGGGGAAAUUGCAUCUCUGUGUGCAGUAGGACGUUUCCGGUGAUGUCUGAAUAGUUCGCAAAUAUGAUCUCGUGGUGAUGGUGGUAAUUAUUGCCAAUGGCUGACUAGGAUUGGACUGUAUACCAAGCGGCAGCAAGCACGUCAACGGAAUCAACUGGAUUUGGUGCACGAUUCUCAUGGACCAGGACAUCGCGGCAGCAUACGAUACGUUGACGCCAGAGCAAGAAGAAUUACGGAAUACCUACAGCGAUGAAGUCUGGUCGCUCUCCUUGGCCAUUCAACUGUCAAUAUUGGGAUUUCGUUACGAAGGCCAAGGACGCGCAGUUCGGUGCAUUCACUGCAAUGGGAGAUCAGUUGUGCCACAGACCUCGGGACCACAAGAUGUGUUGUUAGAGCAUCUGCGGCAGCACCCCGUGUGCAGCAAACCCAUUGGAGAGGUGGCAAGGCAGCCCGACGUGAGGGAGCAACAGGAAAUCGAAGAAAAAAUUGCAUCAGCUCGACCGUUCUUCGAGAAUAAAGGGAUACCCAAAGAAACCUUGGACGAAGCGGAAGCGAGAGCAAAACGGAAGAGGUCGGCAGCAUCUGUCGUAGCAGAUUUCAUGCACGCCGUUUGCCAGCUACAAAGAACUCCAGAGACACCGGGGACGAGCACAGAGUUACCUCCAAGGCUAGAAGAGGAGCAGGACGAAGAAAUGUCCGAUGACCAAAGUGAACGCCUUUGUAAAAUCUGCUACCAGGAUAACGUGAGCGUGGCUUUCGUACCGUGCAGCCACGUCGCCUGCUGCGUCCAAUGCGCUACAGUGUUAAGCACUUGCCCGAUAUGCAGGACUAACGUCCAAGGCUACAUGCGCAUCGCACUGCAAUGAUAUUUCGUGACGUACAUGGUUAAACGGUAAAUACUAAACUCAUGGCAUGGGCUACUCUGCCACAGAAAGAAUAUUGUCCUGGACAAUAUUCUAUACACAAUGUCUAUACCUAUACCUGGUACUAUAUGUCUAUACCUGGACAAUAUUCGGGACAGGGGCGCCGGAAGAGGGGGAGCAGGGGGAGCGACGGCUCCCCCUCAUUCACAGAUGAGGUAGCACAGCUCCCCCAGAUAUGUAAAUUAUGAUGAAAGAUGAAAGUCACUGAAAAGGUUAGCCAGCUGUAGGGAUCGAACCCACAUCUUCUGGAUUACCGGUCCAGGGCUCUACCAAUUGAGCUAAGCUAACACUUUUUUCUUUUCCACCUUUUAUUAACAAAACACACAAGUGCACACAACUACAGGUACGUCACACGGUAGCAACGCCGUGGGCUAUUACAAAACGUCUAAAGAGGAAACUGAAGACCUUUUGAAUUUGUACAUACGCCUCGCUGGAGAGGCGUGUUAGCUUAGCUCAAUUGGUAGAGCCCUGGACCGGUAAUCCAGAAGAUGUGGGUUCGAUCCCUACAGCUGGCUGCCUUUUUCAGUGACUUUCAUAUUUCAUCGUUAUUUCUUAGGCAAUUUGAGGCUUUGUUUGUAUGUGUCCCUUCUAUGUUGUUCCAGCCUUAGAACAUCAGUUUAUCUCUUGCUCAUCUGAUGUAAAUUAUGUUUUGUAAUUAUAUUAACAAUAUCUUCUCACUGACAUAUUCAUAGACAUUACUUCGGCAAUUUAGUUAGGUCUGCUGUACAAGUAUGCGCAUGUUGUAAUUUGCUUGGAGCACGUUUUCAAUUUGUGUACCACCCCUGUAUUGCCUGCAUGAGCCCUCAAGGAAAAUAAAUGACGAUGAUGA